GGCGAUAGUAUAUUCUGUCCGAGACCGUCAGCGCCCCCGUAUACCCACCAGUGCCGGAAUCGUAACGCGACGCUGCCGAACGACCGAUAGCGGGCGUACUCUGACGAAUCCGUGACCGACAGACACACUCACCGCCACCGACAGACGCGCCGACUACCGAUGAGACCGACGCACCGACCACCGAUAGACACACCACCGCCAGUACCGAGACGACGCACACCGAGCUGAUCGCCUCUUCACGUGCAACCGUCUGUGUCCGUUCUGGUUUUUGUGUUCUUCAGUGAGUGAGCGGCUGAGGCGUUUUUUCGACAGCCACAACAGGAAGGGACUCCCGCGAGACUUCGCGCACGACUGGCUCAACUCGCUCGACGUGCCCCGCGACAGCACCGAUUGGGCCGUCGGUGACGCCGUCUGCAACCUCCGCGAGAGGAACUGCAAGGCCAAGCACGCGCUCGACGCGCUCUUCGACUACCUCGGAGAGCCCGCCAACUCCGAUCUGCGCAGCGACGUCGAGCACUGGUAUUAUCAAGGCGAGAGAUUCUCGUGCGACAUCGGGCGUGACAUCGAGAGGAAGUACGGCGUGCCGCGGGAGAGGAACACCUUCAAGCCGGUGGGUGGGUUUGAGCCGGUGAGACGCCGACCCCAAUACGACCGUUUCGAGCCGUACGGAUCCCGCAGCAGCACCCCUGCCGUCGCAACCUCGUCCAACUCGUCGGUGUCGCUGACGUCCAACCCGGCCACCCAGCAGCAGCAGCAGUACCAGCAGGCGCCCGUGCAGCAGCCGCCCCAGGAGUUCGUGCAGCAGCAGCCCCAGGAACAGCAGCAGUACCAGGAGCCGCCCCAGGAGCAGCAGCAGGCCGUGCAGGGCGUGGUGCAGCAGCCGCCCCUUACACCACCCCCACCACCAACACCAACGCCAACGCCUACACCUACCCCAACCAAACAGGCUACCCGGACCACAACACUAUCCCACUCCCGAGCCACAACACCACCCCACCCCACACUGACACCAUCGUCUACACCAGACCGGCCCGCACUGUAGAGGAGUAUAAUGCCGCCAGCGAAGCCGCCCCGCCCGGCCAGUACUUCGUGGGUGUCUUCGUCAACGACAGAGCUACGUACGCCCUCAAGUAGAGGCCGAAGGGUGACGAAAGGAAUUGGGAAGGGUGGGAAGGACGUGUUUAACCAGUCAGGCAAGGGCACGUGGGUCGUGUAAUUCGUUCUGGUGAGUGGACGUGCCACUCGGUUGUAGUGGCAGUGUUGUAUCGCUGAGUGAGUGACCGACUGAUCAUUGGCCGAUUGACCGACUGAGUGAGUGACCGACUGACCAUUGGCCGAUUGACUGAUUGACCGACUCGUGCGAGUGAGCAAGUGCGUGUGAGCGACCGAGCGACCGGGCGUUGUGAGUGAGGCGAGGCUAUUUUGUGCUUCGUGUGGUCGGAAGGGAUCGUGUAGUGGGUACUCGCAGUGUUUAUACGUCGAGCAGAAAACGGCGCUUAUUUGUGCGCCUGUGCCGACUGCCUCUCCUUAUCUCUCUACUCGCAUUGAAUGGAUAUUUGUGUAUUCGCAUCAGUGGCUAGUCUCGAUCGAUAGUUCGACCGGAGUACUUAUCUGUGUUGGGAUUGGGUGAGUGAAGGAAAAUGGGAUGGAAACGUAGCGUGUGUGAGACAGUGACAGACCCGAGCCGUACAUUCGUGAAAGCAGCUGAGUAUCGUG